UGAGGUGUAGCAGAAAUCCCAAUCCAGAAAUCUAACAGUUGGCAAACAGAGGAGAAAACUUCUCAGAAUAUAGAACAAAAAUGCGUAAAAAACAGACUGGGAUGCGCACCGCUACAAGGGCGACCUCUAGCACAGAUCUACCAGACCAACCAGAGCUGGGAGGGACUCUCUUCCUCUUCUCAGACCCCGAACAGAACGUCCCUCGUCCUAAGCGCUGGUGGCAAAACUUGAGCGAGAAAUGUUGCAACUUAUCAUCCUUGUGUAAAAAGAUCGACCCAGAGGACAAGCGAAAGGCUUUGGUAACAAAGAAUGGUGGAUACAGGGUAUACGCAGCCGGGCUCAGUGAACACAAGAGGAAAUACCUGGCGGACUUAUACAUCACCCUUAUUGACCUAGAAUGGCGUUACGCUUUGGCCAUCCUCUUCAACGUCUUCCUUGUAACGUUCAUGGUAUUCUCCGUGUUCUGGUGGCUCAUGGCCUUCAACAACGGUGACUUUGACAACCUGGACAACCCAAACCACGAGUUCUGUUUGCUGGGGGUCAAGUCCUACCCAGGGGCCAUUCUCUUCUCCAUCGAGACUCAAACCACGAUCGGCUACGGCAUGGCAUACCCCAAUGCUGACUGUGCGGGCACCCUGCCUUUGGUCUAUCUACAGGUGGUUCUUGGGUUUUUCCUGGAAACCUGCAUGCUUGGCUUUAUCUUUGUAAAGAUCGCUCGGCCCAAAUACAGGGCCAACACCAUUGUCUACUCCAAACAUGCUGUCAUUAACCACGAGAACGGCAAUCUAGUCUUACAGAUCCGACUGGGCGAUCUGCGACAGUCCCACCUGGUGGACUCGACCAUCUCCGGCAUGGUGGUCCGUCGACGGUCCACGGAAGAGGGUGCCUACUACCCCCUUUACCAGUUCAACUGUGAAUUCUCCGCCAACGGGAUGGGAGACCGCAUCUUCCUGCUCUGGCCAAUCACCAUCACACACAUCAUCGACAAGGACAGUCCACUCUACGACAUUCGGCCAGCUGACCUCAGCUCGGAGAAGUUUGAGAUAGUUCUUUUCCUGUGUGGAACGGUGGAGGCCACAGGCGAGCAGUGUCAAGCGAGAACGUCGUACCUCCCAAAAGAGAUCCUGUGGGGACACCGGUUUGAGAGGAUCGAGGAGUACGACAUCGGGCACAGUCGCUGGCACGUCGAUUUUGCCGGUUUUGAUGACGUAGUCUACUGCCAGAACAUACGUCACAGUGCUAAGGAGCUGGACCGGUUCAAGGAAGGAAAAGUGGAGAAAGUGACGAACAUCUCUAAUCCUGCGAUGAGUGACGGGAACGAGGGAGAGGUAGUCGCCAUACCUCAAGUGCGGUAUGAUCUGGAGGGAGAGGCGAAACUCAGGAUGGAGGAAAAGGGGGGUCAAGCGGAAACAAAAGCUUGA